UACAUCCAUCAAGCUCUUUUCCUAUUUUCCUUUCUUUCCUUCUUCUAUUCGCAUAAAUAUUAUAUAUUUUAUAGAUUUCUCAACAGUUUUUUUUUUUUCCUUGUGUGGCUGCUUCAGAUUGGUCGUCGUCAGCCAAGAUGUUUUUUUCCCUUUGUGCGCUCGCCCUUCUCGGGCAAGCUGUGCUAGCCACACCCACGGGUAACCGAUACCCAUACGGCAAUGGAACUACCGCUCCUAUCUCCAACUUGAAGGCCUGCGUUCAAGCCGUCUUCGGUAACAACGCAAGCCAGCGAGUUGUAGAUGCCAACGAUGCCACCUACACCGAUGCCCGUCUUGGCGAGCCGAUUCAAUUCGAACAGUUCCCCGCUCUCAUCGCCUACGCUGAGACCGCUUGGGAAGUACCUGCAUUGAUAACCUGCGCCAAGAGGAAUGGAUACAAGGCCAUCCCCCGAAACGGUGGUCACCACUUCCUAAGCUACUCCGCCUUGAACAACUCUCUCACCAUCGACCUUACCCACAUCGACUACAUCAACGUUGCGCAAGACCUUCAAACCGCUACCGUCGGUGCUGGUAUUCGCCAAGGUGCCCUCUACGCUGGUCUUGGCGAAUACAACAAGACCUACGCUGGUGGUAUCUGCCCCACUGUCGGUCUUUCUGGUCUUCUUGGUUCCGGUGGUUUCACAAUGCAAAUGCGAUCCCUCGGCUUGGGUGUUGACAACGUCGUCGGUGCCAAAGUGGUCACUGCUGAUGGAAGACUCCUAACCGUUUCUGAGAACGAGCACCCCGACCUAUGGUUCGCUCUCCGAGGUGGCGGUGGAUCGACCUACGGUAUCGUUGUCGAAUGGACCCUUAAGCUUGUCACCUUCCCCCGAUCUGCUAUGGUCUUGUUGAACUGGACCGACACUGAGUCGCAAUUCCCUGUUGCCAAGCGCUUCUUCGAGUGGGGCCCCGCCGCUCCCAAGGAGUUGGGUUCGCAGAUCAACGUUUAUAAGAACCGUGUUGAAUUCGUCGGCUGGUACCUAGGUGGUUCCAAGGAAGAGCUCCAGCGCCUCAUUGACGACUCUGGUCUCCUCAAGAUCGGCAAGCCCCAGGUCUCUAUCGCCGGUAACUGCAACACUGACAACUCGCGUCUGUGGGGUUACGGUAUCAACGAGUGCAUUGCGGAUGCUCAGGUCGAACCCCUCGUUUCCAACCUCAACACUGUCCAACAAUCCUUCGCUCAGGUUGGCAACUACCCUCAAUUCUCCUUCGAUGAGACUACCAAGAGAACCGACUUGCCUGCCGCUUCUCCCUGGCCCCGAUUCCGCCGCAUGUCCAAGUCUUUCUUCCUUCAGAAGUCUAAGCCCCUCGAAGACUCUGUCCUCCAAGAGGUUAUCGACCAGAUCCGCCAAUUAGAUGACGCCUCCCAGGUUUGGGGUGAGUGGCACGCCUGGAACAUCUCCGACGCUUCUACCACCUCUGCCUUCGCCUGGAAGUCUCAGGCCUACGCCCACCUUGAAUUCCAGGUCCACGGAUCGGAAGACCCCACCACUCAGAAGACCUAUGAGAACUGGUUCGACAACCUCGAGUCGUUCCUGCGACCAGCUGUUGGCCAAGCCUCUUACUCUGGAUACAUGGACAAGGGUAUCUCAACCAACCACUUGACUUCUUACUACGGUGACAACGUCUGCAAGCUCAUCGGCAUCAAGAAACGCUGGGACCCGGAGAACUUCUUCACCAACCCCUACACCAUCCCGACUUCUGCCCCCGAAGGCAUUAACUGUUAAUGAAUUAAUACGAGUUUGGACCUCUCGUAAUGGGUAAACGGUUUCUUUUUCAUGUACUAGCAUUUUUUCAGCGCGAGCGAAAAUUAGACUGUAUCGGUUACCUUGGGACGGGAGUUGCUUGGCUCACACAUUUGAUAUCCAUGUAAAUUAUACUUAUCUGCAUCUACAUAUUCAUAAAAUUUAAAACUGUUGUUUAUUCAAAUUUUCGACUUGAUCUGCUUUGAUGAAUGCAUUUUAU